AUGAAAAUCGCUUUCGUAGCUGUGUUAGCGUUGCCAUGCGCAUUCGCAGUUCGCUGUUACGAUUACAUUGAAAAACACGACCUGAAGCCCGAUAAAAAAUGGAUGGAAUGUAGUGACUCUCAAUACUGCUUCAAGACUUAUAUUGAGCAACAUGAAACGCCCACUGAUAAGAAGUGGAUGGCCAACAGAAGCUGUGGCUCAUCAAGUGUGUGCAAGACCGAGGGUUGUACUGGAACAAAAGUUGGCUGGGAAUGCUGCUGUCGAGGCGAUCUCUGCAAUGCGACAUCUUCGCCAAAAGUCCUCUUAUUAACAAUAUUUUCCGUGUUUUAUAUUGUUUUCGCUUUAUGACGCUAACCUUGUAGUAUGCACAACCUUGAUGUUUGUCCAAAUUUUCUCGAAAUUUCUGACAUUAUGCAUAACGGCGGCUGUUUGUGGUGUUACCAAGUGUCCUUAUCCAGAGAAGGCCAUAAUCCUUGCACUUUACAAUAUCAAUUGUAAAUUUGUCUUAUUACAGAG